UGGGAGUGAGUCAGCCUGAGGAAGUGGUUGUUGCAGAGAGGAGAGAGAAGGUGAGCCUGGAGAGAGGGCAGUGUGAGGAAAGAUGGGAUCUCAGGCAGUCUUAGUGGCGCAUCAUUGAGGGUUCGAUAUAAAUAUAUUACCAAGUGUGGUGACUCAUCUGAGGGUUUGAAGGACUGUUUAUGGCUGUGGAAUCAGUGAGUGAGGGGAUUAGUUGGAUUAUUAAUUGGAUUAGUUGAUCAGUGAUGGGGGAGGGGACAGCAGUCAGUGUUGGGACUGGUCAGGGGCGUCCAUGAAGAGUCAUUUUAGCGAGCUGGAGAAGGAAGGCAAUGUGAGUGAAUUGCUACUGUGAACAUGGGUCUCAGCACAGUUCACCAGGGUCAGAAUAAGGGUAUGUGUGAAGGAUUAAAAAUUGCAUCAAGAAGGAGCUAAGGGGUCCACUGUGGAAUGUGGGAAGGACAUAGUGUUGGUUACCUGAGGAGUUUUACUGUGUUGGAAGUCUUCCUGCCUGGACUCUAUUGAUGUUUCCCUUUCACCACUGAUGGAGCCCUCCAUCCAGUGCAUGGUGAUUAACGAAAUUAGAGGACUACUGCAAGCAGCCCUAAAUUCUAAGGGAUAAAGAAGUUACACAGUUUACCCUCCCAUCUACUCCUCCUCCAGAUCUGAUUUAACAUAGAUGUUCCUGAGAAGAUUGCUCACCUGCCCCUCCCUCUCUCCUUUCCUACCUAUCUUCUCCCUCCCUCCCUUCCAUCCUUCCUUUUGCUUCCUUCCUUCUUUCCUUCCGCAUUGAUUUGGGCCAGAGUAAGACAGCCCUUUAGCCUAGUGUAGAGUCUGAAGUUUUCCUUUCUUUCGCAAAAAGUGUUAGGGGAGAAGAGCACAGAAAAUAGGGGAAUGGUUCUUAGAACACCAUAUUAGACCCCAGCUUCUCCCAGAGGUACAUGUAAAUAAAUCCUGGCUUAUUUCAUAGCUGUUUCUGUCAGGCUUCUAGUUUUGCUUUGUUAACUAUGAAUUUAGGCCUUUCACCUCUCUUCAGCCCCAUUUUGUGAAGAGUCUCUCCUUCCCCAUUCUAUUACUAUCCCCUGUUAGAGAAUUGUAGUAGAAUGUCAAGAACUUGACUGUACAUUCAGUGGAAAACCAAGGACUUAGUGGAAGAAAGGGUGAAGCGUUAGGAAUCUUAGACAUGAGAGAAAGCUCCUGCUUCAGAGAAAGGAUAAAGAGUACAACAAAAUUCUAUUUGCCACAAGUCAUGGAAAUUGGGUCAGGUCACUAAAAAGGAGUUCAAAGAAAUAGCCUAUUAAUCAGGAGGGGGAGUGUAUGUAUAAGACCUGCAGUGCACAACUGUAAAUUAUAAGUCUAAGGACAAAAUGGAGACAAGCAGAUGGUGAGGACUGGAAAGGCUGAAGUCUAUAUAAAGGAAUCAACAGUAGCCUUCCAUGAAGAACUGCCUUUCCUACUUGCUGCUGGAGUUAAUGGUGUUUCCUGCUGGCAGAAUCAGGGACAUGCCAGCACUAUCGGGAUGAGUGGGUGCUCCAGUGGGGAUGUGGUCAUUGCCGGCCAGUGAGGGCGAGAGUGCCACAGCCCACUUCUUCCUUGGAGCUGGAGAUGAGGGGCUGGGCACCCGUGGAAUAGGCAUGAGGACAGAAGAGAGUGACGGCGAGCUCCUUGAGGAUGAGGAGGAUGAAGUGCCUCCUGAACCUCAGAUCAUUGUUGGCAUCUGUGCUAUGACCAAGAAAUCCAAGUCCAAGCCAAUGACCCAAAUCUUAGAGCGACUCUGCAGAUUUGACUACCUGACUGUUAUCAUCCUGGGAGAAGAUGUGAUCCUCAAUGAACCUGUGGAAAACUGGCCAUCCUGCCACUGUCUCAUCUCUUUCCACUCCAAAGGCUUUCCUCUGGACAAAGCUGUUGCUUACUCCAAGCUUCGAAACCCCUUUCUAAUCAAUGACCUGGCUAUGCAGUAUUACAUCCAGGAUAGGAGGGAGGUGUACCGGAUCCUGCAGGAGGAGGGUAUUGAUCUGCCUCGAUAUGCUGUGCUCAAUCGUGACCCUGCCCGGCCAGAGGAGUGCAACCUGAUAGAAGGAGAAGACCAAGUAGAGGUAAAUGGAGCUGUCUUUCCCAAGCCGUUUGUGGAGAAGCCAGUGAGUGCAGAGGACCAUAAUGUUUACAUCUACUACCCCAGCUCAGCUGGAGGAGGAAGCCAACGCCUCUUCCGUAAGAUUGGCAGCCGAAGCAGCGUUUACUCUCCUGAGAGCAGCGUCCGAAAGACAGGGUCAUACAUCUAUGAGGAGUUUAUGCCAACAGAUGGCACAGAUGUCAAGGUGUAUACAGUGGGGCCAGAUUAUGCCCAUGCUGAAGCCAGAAAAUCUCCAGCUUUGGAUGGGAAGGUCGAACGAGACAGUGAAGGGAAAGAGAUUCGAUAUCCAGUCAUGCUGACUGCCAUGGAAAAGCUGGUGGCCAGGAAAGUCUGCGUAGCUUUUAAGCAAACAGUUUGUGGUUUUGACCUUCUUCGUGCCAAUGGUCACUCCUUUGUGUGUGAUGUCAAUGGCUUCAGUUUUGUUAAGAAUUCAAUGAAAUACUAUGAUGACUGUGCCAAGAUUCUGGGGAACACCAUAAUGCGGGAGCUUGCCCCACAGUUCCAGAUCCCAUGGUCCAUCCCCACAGAGGCUGAGGACAUUCCCAUUGUCCCUACCACAUCUGGCACUAUGAUGGAACUUCGUUGUGUCAUUGCAAUUAUCCGUCAUGGGGAUCGUACCCCCAAGCAAAAGAUGAAGAUGGAAGUGACACACUCAAGGUUUUUUAGUCUGUUUGAAAAACACGGUGGCUACAAGACAGGGAAAUUAAAACUAAAGCGGCCCGAGCAGCUACAGGAGGUGCUGGACAUCACAAGGCUGCUAUUGGGUGAACUGGAGAAAGAAGCAGGUGGUGAGAUCGAGGAGAAGACUGGGAAACUGGAGCAGCUGAAGUCUGUGCUCGAGAUGUAUGGUCACUUCUCAGGCAUCAAUCGGAAGGUACAGUUGACUUACUACCCUCAUGGAGUAAAAGCUUCUAAUGAGGGGCAAGACCCACAAAGGGAGGCUCUGGCCCCAUCUCUACUGCUGGUACUGAAGUGGGGUGGAGAGCUGACUCCUGCUGGCCGUGUUCAGGCUGAGGAGCUGGGGCGAGCUUUUCGCUGCAUGUACCCUGGAGGACAGGGUGACUAUGCUGGCUUCCCUGGUUGUGGGCUGCUUCGUCUCCAUAGCACUUUCCGUCAUGAUCUCAAGAUCUAUGCCUCUGAUGAGGGCCGAGUCCAGAUGACUGCUGCUGCCUUUGCCAAGGGCCUUCUGGCUCUAGAAGGGGAGCUGACACCCAUCUUGGUACAAAUGGUGAAGAGUGCCAACAUGAAUGGACUCCUGGACAGUGAUGGCGAUUCCUUGAGCAGCUGCCAGCACCGGGUGAAGGCUCGGCUGCACCAUAUUUUGCAGCAGGAUGCAUCCUUUGGCCCUGAGGAUUAUGAUCAGCUGGCUCCUACUGGAAGCACUUCCCUACUCAACUCCAUGGCUAUCAUUCAGAAUCCUGUGAAGGUCUGUGAUCAGGUAUUUGCCCUGAUUGAAAACCUCACUCACCAGAUUCGAGAAAGGAUGCAGGACCCCAAAUCUGUAGACCUGCAACUCUACCACAGUGAGACACUAGAGCUAAUGCUACAGCGUUGGAGCAAGCUGGAGCGUGACUUUCGACAAAAGAGCGGGCGCUAUGAUAUCAGUAAGAUCCCUGACAUCUAUGACUGUGUCAAGUAUGAUGUGCAGCACAAUGGGAGUCUGGGACUGCAAGGCACAGCAGAGUUGCUACGUCUCUCUAAGGCAUUGGCUGAUGUGGUCAUUCCCCAGGAGUACGGGAUCAGUCGGGAGGAGAAACUGGAAAUUGCUGUGGGCUUCUGUCUUCCACUGUUGCGGAAGAUACUACUUGACCUGCAGAGAACCCACGAGGAUGAGUCUGUCAACAAGCUGCAUCCCCUGUAUUCCCGAGGAGUGCUCUCCCCAGGCCGCCAUGUUCGAACACGUCUCUAUUUCACAAGUGAAAGCCAUGUCCACUCCCUACUCAGUGUCUUCCGUUAUGGGGGACUUCUUGAUGAGUCCCAGGAUGCACAAUGGCAGCGAGCUUUGGCUUAUCUUAGUGCCAUCUCAGAGCUCAACUACAUGACCCAGAUUGUCAUCAUGCUUUAUGAGGACAACACACAGGAUCCCUUAUCAGAGGAGCGGUUCCAUGUGGAGCUGCACUUCAGCCCUGGAGUGAAAGGUGUCGAGGAAGAAGGCAGUGCCCCAACUGGCUAUGGAUUCCGUCCAGCCUCUUCUGAGAAUGAGGAGAUGAAAACAGACCAAGGAAGUAUGGAGAACCUGUGCCCAGGGAAGGCAUCUGAUGAGCCAGAUCGGGCACUGCAGACUUCACCCCAGCCCUCUGAGGGCCCUGGCCUCCCAAGGAGAUCACCCCUCAUUCGUAACCGAAAAGCCGGCUCCAUGGAGGUCAUGAACAUGCAGUGCACAGGGAACCUGGACCUGAUCCCCUUGCGGGGACGGCGCCGCCGGAGGUCAGGAGACCUCCCCCGGCCUUCCCCAGCCAUCGGCCUACAGUCCCGGGCUGUAUCCACCACUCACCUGGCGUCCUGCACACAGGUGCUUUCUGAGACUUCAUCCUCGAGGCCUGGUGGCUACCGGCUCUUUUCAUCUUCACGCCCACCAACGGAGAUGAAGCAGAGUGGCUUAGGCUCACAGUGCACAGGGCUGUUCAGCACCACAGUGCUGGGUGGCUCCUCCAGCGCCCCGAAUCUUCAGGACUACGCCCGCAGCCAUGGCAAAAAGCUACCACCUGCCAGUCUGAAGCACCGAGAUGAGCUCUUGUUUGUCCCGGCCGUAAAACGAUUUUCUGUGUCGUUUGCAAAGCAUCCGACUAACGGAUUUGAAGGGUGCUCCAUGGUGCCUACCAUUUAUCCCCUGGAAACACUGCAUAAUGCCCUUUCCCUGCGUCAAGUGAGUGAAUUCUUGAGUAGAGUCUGCCAGCGCCACACUGAUGCCCAAGCACAGGCAUCUGCAGCCCUCUUUGACUCUAUGCACAGCAACCAGGCCUCAGAUAGCCCAUUUUCCGCACCCCGUAAUCUCCAUUCACCUACCCUACAACUCCGGCAACGCUCUGAGAAGCCCCCUUGGUACAGCAGUGGCCCUUCUAGCACUGUGUCCAGUGCUGGUCCUUCCUCCCCUACUGCAGUGGAUGGUAACUGCCAUUUUGGCUUCAGUGAUCAACCGUCCCUAAGUUCACAUGUGACUGAAGAACAUCAAAGUCUUGGGCUGCUCCAGGAGACCCCUGGAAAUGGAGCUCAAGAGCUCCCCAUAGAAGGGGAGCAAGAGCCUUUUGAACCAACCCAGUCCCCACAGGAACUACCUGUGGAAACCAGCCAGCCAUGCCAGAAGGUUGCUGAGGAGGUCAGCCAGCCAUGCCAGGAGGUCCCUGACAUCAGCCAGCCAUUCCAGGACAUCCCUGAAGAGAUCAGCCACCCAUACCAGGAGGUGCCUGACAUCAGCCGGCCAUGCCAGGAGAACCAUACCAGUGUUAACCAGACAUGCCGGGAGGUCCCUCAGAUCAGCCAGCCAUGCCAGAUGGCCAGCCAACUGUGCCGGAAAAUCUCUGAGGAAGCUUAUCAGCUUUGCCAGGAGAGCCCUGAGGAGGUCAGCCAGCCAUACCAGGGAGUCCCUGUAGAAGUUGGCAGGCUGGUCCAGGGUUUCCCUCUAGGGGUUGGUGGCCUGGUCCAGGAAACCCUUUUGGAAGUUGGUAAACCAGCCCAAGAGAUCCCUGAGGAGCUCAGCCAACCAUGCCAGGAAUUCUCUGUGGAGGUUGGAAGGCUGGCUCAAGAGGCUUCUGCAAUCAAUCUGCUGUCUCAGGACAUCCCUGAGGUUGAUAAAACAUCCCAAGAGUUCCCUGAGGAGGGUGAUCUGCAGGUCCAUGAGGUCUCUGAGGAGGUUAAUCAGCAGUCCUGGGUGGUCCCUGAGGUGACUGACCAGCUGCCUGGAGAGGAUAUUCCACAAGCCCAGUAUCCAUCUAGUGAUCCAAACCCUCAGAGCCAGUCUCUAGCCCAUGACCAGCACUCACUCGUUCCACCAGCAACAUGUGAUUAAUAAUUUUCUCAUUAGUGGUGUCACACUAUACCAGCCAUUUGAGCUAGCCACUUUUUCUGCCAGCAUAAGGCCUUGUGUUUCACCAGAGGUGUCUGAGGAAGCAGUCCUCUUGUCAUGAAGCCAACAGCUGUGACAGAGCUGGGCUUGGAGAGAGCCAGUUUCAUGUUCAAAGCAACCACUGACUCCUCACCUAGCCAUUAGACUUGAAUAGGAUUUCCUUCAAGGGGUGCGCUGGUCUGUCAUUACCCAGCCUCCUCUGAGCAUCCCAGGAAAUCCAGAUUCUUAAAGGAAAUGCCUCUUAACUGCUGAAGACACCAUCUGGGGACAGCAAGUGCAAAAGGGGACUCCAAGGUCUUCAUUUUUCUGGGGAAUUAUUCACAACUUCUCAAGGUACCCUUAGACCAUAUGUGCAUUCAGGGGGACUCUUGUCUUUGCUAGCACUCCUCAGGUGGGCCCAAGAUGGCUGUCUGAAAUGUCUGGGAAAAAAGAGAGUCCCCUUCCCAAACAAACAUCCGUCAUGGCGCUAAUCUUUAGAUUGGGCUUAUGGAUGUUUCCAUAUCGUCCCCAAGUGCCCCCUCUGCCCCAAUCCUGUUCCUCUGGGCAGUAGCUCUAGGGAAAAGUAGGUAUUUGAUUGCUGUGAAAAUUUCAGAGUAACUACUUAAAAUGCUCUGGGGGUUCUUGGCCAAUCUGUGAAGCUGGACCUCCUUUGGUUGUGGGGCUAUUUGGUUUAGGAGGUGCUGUAGUAGAGAAAAUCAGGUUCUAUUUUAAGCAUUCAGCAGAGAUCAAUAUUGUACAGACAUGAGCAAAGAUUAUAUAUAUAUACACAUAUAUAUAUAUAUAUAUUUCUGUAGUAGUGCCAGGGACAGACUGGCCAAAGACCAAACACUCCAGCGUCCCCAAGAGGUUUGUCCUUAUAUCAUUGCAUCUUUAGGGCCAGGUGUGAUUAUGAAGCUUUUCCCAAAGAUCUGGGGGUGGGUAGGAGGGGUAAUUCAGUCAUUGGAGUUGGGAGCCAGAACAUUAUGAGUGCUCAAUAAAUAUGAAAUAAUGACAAUGGUA